GAGCCGGGCGCAGUGAGAAAAAAAAAAUGGCGCAAAUGUAGAAAUCAUUUACUCUUCCUCUCAAUCAAUCACUUUCAGUGCAGCAUUGGUUAUUUCCAUCAACCACCAAAACCGUGGGGAAAAGUUGCAUCGAUUGUUCCAAGCAUCGCAAAGUCGCUUCAUUCAUUCCGUUGUACCUUCACCUUGCGUAUAUUCUGGACCGGUACUUUACAUACGCUUCUCAUCACUUAUAUAACACCACCACCACAGCCACAACCAUUACAACCACCAUAAUGCACAAGCAAAUAACAUCUUCACUACUCCGGAGGUCUUCUCCCUUCCUUUCCAGGGGUACCAAUUGCAAACCAUUAGUCCUGCUGCGUGGUGCCGGCGGUGCAUCUCAACCUCACCUCAACACCACCACCACCACCACCACCACGGGAUACUACCAACCCCAACUACACCACCACCACCAACAUGUGCAAAUCCAAACCCGCUAUUCUUCUCACUCCCCCAUGGGCCUCCCGCCCACCAACCCCCGCAAAAAGGUCACGCUCAACACGCUGCAGUCCAUGUACAAAAAGGGCGAGAAAAUCACCAUGAUCACGGCGCACGAUUUCCCUUCGGCACACGUGGCCGAGCACGCGGGCAUGGACAUGAUCCUGGUGGGCGACAGCCUGGCCAUGGUUGCUCUGGGGAUGGAGGACACGAGCGAGGUGUUGGUGGAGGAGAUGUUGCUGCAUUGUCGGAGUGUGGCGAGGGCUACUAGCCGGGCUUUUACUGUCGGCGACCUCCCCAUGGGCUCCUACGAAAUCUCCCCCCAACAAGCCCUCUCCACCGCCAUCCGCUUCAUCAAAGAAGGCCGCGUGUCCGCCGUCAAACUCGAAGGCGGCGCCGAGAUGGCCCCCACCAUCCGCGCCAUCACCACCGCCGGCAUCCCCGUGCUCGCCCACAUCGGGCUCACUCCCCAGCGCCAAAACGCCCUGGGUGGCUUCCGCGUCCAGGGCAAAUCCAAAGAAUCCGCCAAGCGAUUACUCCGAGACGCCCUGGCCGUCCAGGAGGCCGGUGCUUUCGCCGUGGUGGUGGAGGCCGUGCCGCAGGAGGUGGCGGCCUUCAUCACCGGUCUCCUGAAAAUCCCAACCAUUGGCAUUGGUGCUGGAAACGGCACGAGUGGCCAGGUGCUGGUGCAGGCCGAUAUGACGGGGAAUUUCCCGCCUGGGAGGUUCUUGCCCAAGUUUGUGAAAAAGUAUGGCGAUGUGUGGGGGGAGGCGUUGAGGGCUAUUGAGACGUAUAGGGAUGAAGUCAAGGGCGGGAGUUAUCCGGCCGAGGAGCAUACGUACCCGAUGGCGAAGGAGGAGGUGGAGGCCUUUGUGGGGGAUGUGAGGAGGCUGAUGAAUGCGAAUGCGUCUGCCAAGGCUGAAGGGGAGGGUGAGAAGGAUGCGUGAGUAAUGCUGUAGUGUGUGCGUGGCAGCGGCGGGAGGAGGAGGAUAAUACGCCUUGCAUGAUGUUGGGAUAAAAAAAUGUGUUGCUGUUUUUGGAUAUAAGAGCGUUGCCUCACGUUGAUAGUGUAGCAAUUUGAUAUGUACCUCUGUCGUGA